AUGAUAAACCAGAAACGCCAUGGUAAGACCCUUCAGCUUUCAAUCUACCCAACAACUAAAAUCUCCCAGUCUCGACCAAACCCCGGCACCCUGGCAAUCGCCCUCUUCCUCACUACAGCUGCGAUCGCAUACACGCGCACAGGAACAAUCCAACAAUCCCUCGAAUCCCUUCCCACAAACACCUCCCUAGUACUCGCCCUUUUCUCCUUCAUCGGUAGUGCCUUAGAAUCAAUCCGCACCAAGACACCCGCGGCGAUUAUCCUGGGCCACAUCUUCAGCGCCGUUUUUGCUGUUAGCUUUGCGCGUCUACGCGAGGGCGAGCCCUCUGGUGCUGAGAUUGGCUUAGUCGGGUCGUUUGCAUUGGCUGUAAUUCCAAUGCUGGCGGACGAAAGCUGGGGCUUGGUUCCGAAGGAAUUGGGGUAUGUUGGGGGGUAUGGGGUUGUGGUUUUCGCGAACGAUUAUGGGGGCGUUGGGUUGGCUGUGACGUUGCUUUUUUCGUUGGUGCUUUUGGCUUUUAGGGAUGAUAUUCGGCUGAUACAGAGUCGGGUGGAUCAAUCUAUUUAG